CAAUUGUUUCUUUGUUAUAUCUCUAAUCGCAGUUAUUUAUUGAAGAGAGUAUAUAGCGCUGGUUGUGUAUUUAAGAUCCGCUGCCUACCUCAAGUCUUCCUUUAUAACAAUAGUUAUGUAACGUUGUACUUGAAAUACCUGCGGCACUGAGUUCUUGUUAUCUUUAUUGUUUCGUAUUCAUUACAUUUUCCAGUCACGUAUUGGUUAUAUCGAGCAUGUUUUUUGCAGUGUCAGGCUAUUCUGCAUAAUUGUAUAUCUAUAUUGAAGUUUCUAAUAAUAUUUGGUAUUAUGGGAUAUUGAAAGAGGGUAUUUUUGAAGUACUGUGUUGUCCAAGAUAAUCUGUUUAAUUUCCCAAUUAGGCAAAUAAGUAGUAUUUUGAAUUACAUUCAUUUGUAAGUCAGAAACUAUGAAACAUUCUCUUUUUUACAGUUUAACGUUGUUAAAAGUGACGAAAUGGUCUCUCACAUAGAGUUUGUUAACAUCUUAACUUAUAGUGCAGAUAAGAAAGGGAAAAAUGUGAUUCAAUUUUCUGUUUGUAAAACGAAUAUUCAAUGUUCCAUUGAUACUUCAGUCAUAUCUGCUAAACUGUCAGAUAUAAGAAAAUAAUCUAAAAUUCAAUAAGUAAGUUUUCUUUCACUUUUGUGUGCGAUAAUAUUACAAUAUAAUUUCAUCCAUCUACAAGACGGUAUUUCAAAAUGUAACCCGUAGUUUUAAGGUUUAAUUUAUUAUAUACUAGUACUAACACUUUACUAGCACAAUUAGAGGGGUAAAAUUAGGAAGUAAGAAUCAACACGAAGAAACGGAAGAUAUGUCGAGGAAAGGGCAGACUAUACUGGUGACGGGUGGUGCUGGGUACAUUGGCGCAUUCACGGUUUUGGAACUACUUAAUGCCGACUUCGAGGUGGUGGUUAUUGACAAUCUUACUAAUGCUUACCAAGCUUCGGAUAAAAAGAAACCAGAAUGUCUUCUGAGGGUGGAGGAACUGACACAGAAGCAUGUAGCAUUUCAUUCUGUAGACAUAACAAACAGAAAGGAAUUGACUAGCAUAUUUCAACAGUAUAAAUUUGACAAUGUGAUACACUUUGCCGCUUUGAAGGCCGUUGGCGAGUCUGUUGCCAAGCCGCUUGAGUAUUAUAGAGUCAAUGUUAGCGGUACUAUAGUAUUACUCGAGGUAAUGCGAGAACACGGAGUCUAUCGAAUGAUUUAUUCAAGCAGCGCCACUGUUUAUGGUCUUCCUGAUAAACUACCAUUAACCGAAGACAUGAAAACUGGGGAUUGCACCAAUCCGUAUGGAAAGUCUAAGUUUAUGGUGGAGGAAAUACUGAAGGACCUAUGCGUUUCGGACAAGAUUUGGUCCAUCACAUCCCUCAGAUAUUUUAACCCUGUGGGAGCUCAUCCAUCUGGAAAUAUUGGAGAGGAUCCAAACGGCGUACCGAACAACUUGAUGCCCUACAUCGCCCAAGUCGCUGUUGGAAAAAGAGAAAAGCUCUCAGUCUAUGGAAGUGAUUACAAUACCCCUGACGGAACUGGGGUUCGCGAUUACAUUCAUGUAAUUGAUCUGGCAGUUGGCCACUUGCAGGCGAUUUCCCACCAGCAUCCCUCCGGCUUCCAGGUUUAUAAUCUCGGUACUGGAAGAGGGUAUUCUGUUCUGGAAGUAAUCAGAGCGUUCAAAGAUGCUUCUGGCAAAGACAUACCCUAUGAUAUUGUAGAUCGUAGACCAGGCGACAUUGCGACAAGUUAUGCCGAUGCAAGCCGUGCUAAUGCAGAACUGGACUGGCACGCAACACGGAAUAUUGAUGACAUGUGCAAGGACACAUGGAGAUGGCAGCAGAAAAACCCGGAUGGAUAUAAGAAUGUGUCGUCCCCAUUUUGCCCAGACGCCUGUUCUAUAAUAUCUAAAUGAACAAAUUGAAUCUAUAGAUUAAUAAUUCCACCUAGACGGUGAACCUGCCACAUUAGGUGAAAUCGAAAAUUGGAUUGGAUGAUUUUACAUCAGUUACACAUAUCUAUGUGCCAGUGAACUGGUAUGGAUUUAGAAUUUAUUUAUAAUUAAUAGGGCAUAGAAAAGUGUAUAAGUUGGGUAUAUCGUACUAAAAUAUAGCUUAAAAUUACCAAAGACUAGACAGUGAGCUUAAUAGUUUAUCUAAUUACGAUUAAAUCGAUACGCACAUUGUAAUGUGUAAUUUUAGAAGAUGAUAAAUCAAAACUCAAACCCAGCUGACUUUACCGAUAAAAUUUUGAGCACCUCAGUAAUGAUACUGUGUACUUGUAAAUUGGGAGGAUUGAGGAGAAAAGAUUCGACAUUCAGAGUAGAACGAUGACGUUUUUUUUUUCUCGAUAUUGGUAAAUUGUAUCCUGUACCUUCAACUUGAACAGAAUUAACUCUGAUGUACCAUGAAGCUUGAACAUUGUUUCAUGACCUAAGUGACUAAGUUUGCUGUACGAGAUUGCCUUGUAUUGUAGGUGCAAUAGCGAAUUCUACCAAUUUCUGGGUUCUAGAUAGUUUUUUAAAUUAUUAUUAUUAUUAUUAUUAUUAUUACUAUUAUUGUUCUUGUUGUUAAUAGUUGUAAAAUAUCUGUUGAAAUAUAUCAUAAAUUAGUCAUUUUAAGAAGGCAACAAUGAAAGAUACACAUGUGUUCAAGAACAUUAGUUCAUAUCAAACAAUUCCCAGUUCUGUGUGUAUUUUAUUUCUAAAGACAUCAAUUAAAUUUAUGAAUUAUAAGUUUAUAAUGUGCCAUUAUUGUUAAAUAAUUGCAAAACCUAGCAAGAUAUUGUGUACACUGAGAAGUUCGAAUAAAUUAUUUGAGAAAAUUCA